AUGCAGCACAACUUCAAGUCUGGCACGGCAUAUUUCCAUUGUCUCAUAGAGCCUCUUAUUUUUGUGCGGCUCACGCCACUAUUCACAUUCCCUAUGUUUUCCUCCAAGACCUCGGGUAGAAAUUGGUCGUCCAUCUGCAUCAGGCCACAUACCAGAAUCUCUCUCUCCUCAUCAGUCAACGAAGCAUCCCGAGCAUUAAAACGGCCACCUGGCGCUUCCGCCGAAAACUGCAAACCUGUCCGAACUCGUGUGCCUGCCACCUCAUCAUUUGAGGACGAGCCUAAAGGCGAUCUCGAAGACAUCAUAAUCUCAUGUGGCAAAAAGGGAAUCCGGGAAUUGUCUCCACCUACCAAAUUUGUAGGAUGA